AUGUCGAAUCGAAACAGCAGCGACUACGCAGGGGAGUCCUUCGACGACGCCCCUGAAGUCCCCGAGCACUUGAAUGUUACUAUUCCCAAAUCUACCUCGACUAGGUCCUUGACCGAUAGCCCGCCGGUCGGUUCAGGAGCUUCCCCCGACAUCACAGAUAAACCGUCGUUCCCUUCUGCAUCGCAGGACGAGCAAAAGGACGAGACGACGGACGGAGGUGAAUCAUCGGGAAAGAAGAAAAAUAAGAAGAAGAAUAAGAAAAAGGCCAAGCUGGAUGAGGCUGAAGCUAUGGCCGAUGCCGAGGCUGAUUUUGAAGCCGUGGACACGCCCAUCGAGGAUGUGAAGCUGGACACCACGGAGAAGACGAAAGAAGAGGACAAGCAGGACCACCUACUCACUCCGGUAGAAGCUGGCGAUGCAAGCGAGGGAGAGGAGACCCCGAGGAGAAACAUGGCGCAGAAAUCCCCCUUGCUCACCUCCCACCGGUUAUCUACUGCAUCUUCGCUGGACGAGGUGAACCUGACAACCAGUAAGGAUGACGAGAUUCCUCCCCAUCAGGUUGCAACUCCCGAGCUCAAGUCGGAGUCCCCUCCAGUCCCCCCUAAAGAUGAUGUGGCGUCCCCUCCAAGCUCUGGCUUGAUGGGCUUGUCUGGAAGUUUGCCCUCCUUACCAUGGGGACCUCCCCCAGUCAACAAGAACCCUGCUCCUGCAGCACCUCCGCCUCCUCCGAGCCGCAAGCCCAGCGGUCCCUUUUCAUGGUUCUCCCGCAGCUCGACCGGUGCCAAAGACAUCAAAUCCCCGCCUCAGACCGGCCGAAGAAACACCUCUACCUCGGUAUCGACCAUUGCUAGCGGGUUAGACUUGGUGGAUGGAGAUAACUCGAGUGUUCACUCUAGAAGGCCAAGGCGGAACAGCUUGAAGGAUCAGUUUAAACUCCUACGAAUGAGGGAGGAGUCUGCUCUUCCUGAGAAUGACGAAGGCAGUGUACGAUCGGGACAUGCAAGCAUCAGCCAUGCCGGUGCUAGCCCACCAAUCAUCCCUGAAGAAGGUGAAGACGGGAUUCUGGUCGCCCCUGCUGCUCCGGCUUCUGGAGCAACCUCCCCUGGAGGCGUCACCCCGUCGACCGUCAAUCCAGGCCUUGCCCCCGGUACCGUGUCUGGAUUCUCUCAAUCUGCAACCGACGCAGCUGCACCAGUGGACUGGGAUCUCUGGCAACAGCUGGUCAACAAUGGUCCGCAAGCCCUAGCCAGCUCGGAGGAACUGAAUGCUGCUAUCAAGCGGGGAAUCCCACAGACUAUUCGUGGAGUGAUCUGGCAGAUUCUAGCUGAUUGCAAGAUUGGCGAGUUGGAGGAAAUUUACCGCGAGCUGGUUUCCCGUGGCACAGACAAGGACCACCGAACGCCGAGCGUCCAGAUCAACGGCUUGGCCGAGAAAGAGUCUAUCCCAUCAUCGCGCUCUUCCAUCCGAUCCAACAACUCAGGCUCCGGAACACAAUCGACUAGCGUCAUCCCUAGUCCCUCCCAGGAGACGGAUCCCGAGAAAAUGGCGCGAGAGCAGGCUGCUAGUGAAACUGCUCGCUUGAAGAAGGCCAAGGACGAGGCUUCGGCCCUGUCAAAGCUGGAGAAGACUAUCCGACGGGACUUGGGUGCCCGGACGAGUUAUUCAAAGUACUUUGUCUCGCAAGGUAGCCAAGAAAGCUUGUUCGGACUGUGCAAGGCCUAUGCGUUAUAUGAUGAGGCUGUGGGGUAUGCUCAAGGCAUGAACUUUAUCGUCAUGCCUCUGCUGUUUAACAUGGACGAGGCGGAUGCUUUUGAGCUACUUGUCAAACUCAUGAACAAAUAUCGACUCCGUGAAAUGUUCAUUUCGGAGAUGCCCGGUCUUCACCGUAGCCUCUACCAGUUCGAGCGACUACUGGAAGAUCUGGAGCCCGCUCUCUACUGCCACCUCCGGCGACGUGGUGUUCCCCCGCAAUUGUACGCCACUCAAUGGUUCUUGACUCUCUUCGCCUACCGCUUCCCGCUGCAGCUGGUCCUCCGGAUCUACGAUCUGAUCUUUGAGGAAGGUCUGGAGGUCACGAUUCUCAAGUUCUCCAUUGCCAUCAUGCGUCGCAACGCCGAGGCACUACUGGAGAUGAAGGAUAUGAGUGUAUUGACUACUUUCCUGAAAGAGCGUCUCUUCGAUGCCUAUAUCGACAAGCAGCCCUCCGCCUCUUCCAUUCUAGAGUCUGGCUUCUUUGGAAGCUCUGGUGCGGCUGACAAGGAGACCUACCGUGCAGAUCUCAUGGUGCAGGAUGCCUGUGCCGUGCCUCUCACACAGGAGAUGAUCAACUCAUACACUACCGAAUGGGAAGAAAAGGUUCGCACCGAGAAAGAGCGCGAAGCUGAGCUGGAGAAUCUCCGCCACACUGUGAGCACACAAGCCGCCCGGCUACGAUUAUUGGAGGAGCGCUCCGAGGCGUCAGACAAGGAGCAUGUGCAGCUGGCCUCUGAAUUGGUUCACGCCAAGGUGGAGAAUGAAGAACUGCAGGACCUGACCGAUGCGCUGAAACUGCAGGUCGACCAGUUGAAGAAUGUGGUCGAUAAGCAGCCCGGUGAGGUGGAGGAGAAGCUUCGGACUGAGAUGGACCGCAUCAUGAAGCGAAAUAUCGAGGUACAGAACGAGAACCGUGCAAUGGAGGAUUCGAUGGCGGAGAUGGAGAAGGAGUUGGUGGCUACGAAGAUGAAGUGGGCCGAGAUCUCCGAAGAACACGAGACUCUUCGCCAGAAAUGGAGUGACCUCCGCCGAGCCCUCGACUAA